AAACUGAAUGACGAGUCCAUCAUGAGGAGUCUGCUGGAGAUUAAGACGCCGCUGCGCUCGAUUGCUCGGAGUUACAUCCUGACGACUCCAGAGAGCUCCAACAUCGGAAUCCUGGAGGGCGACUGGGUUUGGCUGAAAAAGAUUCCUGUUGGAAAAACAGCAACACCUGUCAACCAAAACACCCAGAAUCUCUUCAGCCAGCUGAGAGAGAUGCGGCACGAGAACCUCAACCUGUACCUGGGGUUGUUCGUGGACUCUGGGAUUCUGGCUCUGGUGGUGGAACACUGUCCUCGAGGAAGUCUGGCUGACCUGCUGGCCGACGGGGACGUCAGACUGGACUGGAUGUUCAAGUCUUCACUGCUCAUGGAUCUGAUCAAGGGGAUGAAGUACCUCCAUCUGCGAGGUCUGACUCACGGCCGUCUCAAGUCCACCAACUGUUUGGUGGAUGGACGUUUUGUUUUGAAAAUCACAGACUACGGACUUCCCAUGAUCCUUCAGUCCCAGAACCUCAGCCUUCCUGAAGACCCUCAAGAUCUGUUGUGGACCUCACCAGAACUCCUGAGGAACCCGGUCCGAGGAGGUUCAUUUGCUGGUGAUGUCUUCAGUUUCUCCAUCAUCAUACAGGAAGUGAUCUCCAGAACUUUACCCUUCGCUAUGAUGGACAUGCCUGCACAUGGAUCCGCUGAAGCUGGUGAGCGGGAGAGUGCGGCGCGCGAUCCCCUGGACAGCUCGCCCGAGCGUCAGGCCACGGCCUCGCGGAGCAGACGGCGGCGGCGUUUCCCUCUCGCGGCGGACACCGAAGAAACAGCUGAGGCCCCCGGCGGAGGCCCCGUGACUCCAGGGAGAAGCGCGUCCCGACCAGGCUCCACCAAGGCGGGCUCCGAGGCAGCAGCAGACGCCGUUGGAUCCGGACAGGAGAAAGCGGGACCCGUCGCUCCGCAGAGACCCGCAGCAGAGCUGGAUGUCACGGUAAUGCUUGACGUACAGGUGGAGACCAUUGGAGACGCCUACAUGGUAGCUUCAGGCGUCCCCAACAGAAAUGGAAACCGUCAUGCAGCUGAAGUGUCAAACAUGUCUCUGGACAUCCUCCAUUCCAUCGGAGCCUUUAAGAUCAAACACAUGCCAGAGAUCAAAGUCAAAAUCCGCAUUGGACUGCACUCAGGUCCAGUGGUUGCAGGAGUGGUUGGUCUGACCAUGCCCAGAUACUGUCUCUUUGGAGACACCGUGACAACAGCCUCACUCAUGGAGGCCAGCGGCCUGCCUUACCGGAUCCACAUUAGUCUGAGUACGGUCAAAGUCCUGACCAGUCUCAAAGUGGGGUACCUGAUAGAGACGAGGAAGGCCCAGGUUAAAGGCACAGAGGACACAUACUGGCUGAUGGGUCGGGAUGGUUUCAAUAAACCACUUCCUAUUCCUCCAGAUCUGAUUGGAGGGGCCAGCAAUCACGGCAUCUCUCUCGAUGAAAUUCCUGUGGAAAGAAGACAAAAGUUUUUGGACCGACAGAAACUGAUGAAGAAAUAGGAUCAAAUUUAUGUCUCUUCUAUGUUUUCUUGUGUUUCUAGUCUGUUGUUCAUCUGUAACUACCUCUUAUACUAAAUCUUAACACAUUAAUGUUUGGUUAGUACCAUCAGGAACACAUUCUAAAUGUAUCACUGUAACAUUUAUGCUGAAAGAUGGAGAUGUGGGAAGGAUAAUAAAAUCAUAUUUUUUCCA